AUGAAGAGCAUUGAUCAAAGUGUUCAAGAAGAGUUGACACCAAUACAAUCAGAGAUACAAGCAUUAUUCUCUUCAGACGAUUCCAGGAGUCCUAUACAGGAACAAAAGGUUGAAGCUUUGUCUGAGAGUGUAUAUUUGAACUCGGAGAAUUUCAUACUGUGGGAGAAAUUGAUGGAAGACAUUAUGAUUUACGAGGAAGAAGCAGAAGCAGAAACAGCAAAAAAACAGUCUGAUAUUGUUCUUGAAUUGGAGGAUUUAAUUUCUAAGCUACCAGAAUGGGAUAUGCAUAUGAGAAGCCUAGUCGAACCAGUCAGGUGCCUGGUGUCGAAGUUGUAA